AUCAGCAAGAAGCCGCCAUGAAGGCUUGGGAGGCAGAGAAAGACCCUCUGGAACGUCAAGCGUUGGAAGAUGAGAAGAGGAUGGAAUGGAAAUUAGCGGUGAUGCGGGAGAAGAAGAGGAGAAUUGACAAGGCAGCGGAGGCAGCAGAGGCCUUAGAGGAAGUGAAGAAUAUAGAGGCGCAAUUAGCCGCCCAGCCUGAUCUCCCGAAUCAGAUGCGAGUCAUAGCUCGAAGCGUGGCAUGCCUAGCACGGGUUCAGGCAGACCAAUAUGACUUUAGCAGAAGCCAGGACAUAGCGGUGCGCUCGAUACGGUUGGGCUUUCGAGACUUUGCUCGUGAGCUGGUAGGCGCCGUUGGAGUCGAGGUGGGUCAUCGCCUCGACAAGACUGAGCGGUUCAGCGCCGGCGCCAUUGAAGGCGUCAAGGCGGCAGCUCCCAAGGAGGAGGAAGCACGUCCUCCUCGCCGGGAGCCUGUCAAAGUCAAGUUCCCCGAUUCCUACAGCGGGAAGAGGGAGGAAAACUUUGACAAUUGGGAGGCCAACGUUAAGACCUAUAUGCACUUGCAACAGGUCUCCCUAGAUCAGCAAGUCUUAAUUGCUAUCCACGCAUUGAGAGAUGAGGCCGCCAGUUUUGCAAGGUCCCUAGUUCGCGCUGCCAACUGUAGUGAUGAUCCCGUUGCGUACUCCUCAUUUACGUCCCUCACCGAAUUUCUGAAGUUGCUGCGCGAGCGAUUUGCUGAUGUCGCUCGCAGUGUCAAGGCCUCAGACAAGCUCCAAACCAUCCAUUCUCGUAAAUGGAAGAGUGUCGGGGCACUCAAGGGUACAAUGGAUGAGUUGGUGGCCAUCCCUGACCAUGGGGUCAUAGAGGGCCAGUUGGUCAACCUCUUUUACCGGGCUAUGCCCGAAGCCUUUCGAGGGCAGUUCUUCACGAAAAGCGAAGACCCUGCCACCACUUACGAUUCUCUUAGUCAUGAGGUGGUGGCUUUUGAAGCAAAGUCAGUGUCUCUGUCUAUCUUCUGGCACAAAGACUUGGACAGGGGUAAGCAAUGGAAAGGCCGCACUAUCUCAGGGCAGGUAAAGACCAAGGAUAGCCUUGUCAUGACUUUUGAUGAGGGUAGUGUGGAUGAGAUUCCCUACGACCAGAUUGAGUGGGGAUUAGAGGAGGCGGACAACGGUGUGGGUCAGGGGAGAUCCUACGCUGUUGUCGCGGCCGGAGGGAGGCCGCAAGGAGGACGAGGCCAGGGCCAAGGGGGCCGGGCCUUAGGGAGUCGACCCGUAGAGUUCAUGUCCGCUAGAAUGCCUUCAGAGAAGGUCGCGACAUCUACCUAUGAGAGGGAACUCUACGCUCUCAGGCAAGCGUUAGACCACUGGAAGCACUACUUGCUUGGGAGGCACUUCAAAGUCUAUUCUGACCAUGAAACGUUACGAUGGUUAAAGACGCAGGCCAAGAUGACACCUAAGCUUACUAGGUGGGCCGCCGAGAUAGAUCAGUACGACUUCGAGCUCAAGCCUGUCACGGGGAAGUACAACGUAGUUGCGGAUGCUCUGAGUAGGAGGGCAGAUUACUUCGGGGCAAUAGUACAUUACCUCGAUAUAGGAAAGGAUCUGCGGCAGCAGGUUAGAGAAGCCUACGCGCAGGACCCUAUCUAUGGUGAGCUCCUUAAGAAAGUCAAGGAGGCCCCAGAGACUGAGCCGAAUUACCGCACUACUGAAGGAUUGCUAUUUGAGAAGACUAAUGUCUUUGACCGGUUGUGCAUCCCCAAUAGCGAAAAGAUCCGUAGUCUGAUCUUGGGAGAAUGCCACGACACAGAGGGUCAUUUUGGUUGGCAAAAGACCUUAGCCAAUCUGAUGCGCGCGUAUACCUGGCCAGGGAUGAAGAAUGACAGCGUAGAGUAUGUUCGCAGUUGUAAGUACGUAGUGGUGGCUGUCGACUUGCACACCAAGAUCAGCUGGGAUGAUCUAAAGGCGGCGUGGCAUAAGCGGUUCCAAAUAGAGCCGCCGAAGAUCAAGGCAACGGACAAGCUGAUGACCUUCGAACAAUCCACGCUGCCAAGUGUUGACUGGAUUGACGAGUACCAACGCGUGACAUCCGUCUCCGACAUUCAAAUGGGCUUCAAGGUCGUCAAACACUACUUCAUCUCGACGUCGUGUCCGGCGUUGGGCAAUGCGUUGACUCGCGCCGAGGACACCCUGACGACAACGGCGGAGCUCUUCGACAAGGCCGCGCGGAUUAUUGUCACGAACAAGGAGGCUAAGAACCUCCACCGUUCGUCUGCGACAGGCCCGCGCAGAGAUCAGCAUCGACCGAAAGUUGUCGUGGUCGCAGCGAUAAUGCCAAACGACCAAACUAGCGAGGCCGUGUCUGACAAUGAAGGCGAUAGACUCGCAGCCGCCCGAGAUGGUGGCCGCCCAGGAAAAGGCUGAGGAUGCGGCAAGGCGAAGACAAACACUGCAUCUAGCCCGAGGCCCG